GUUCCUGCUCAGUCUACGCUCUCGCGCACACAUACUCAGUUAGACUUGCUCGCAGUGCUGUAUCAUGUUUGUGAGCGCGUAUUAUUAUUAUUAUUAUUAUUAGAGUGUGUAUUUUCCGGAGGGCAGUACAGGGGGGCAGUAUGAGUGCUGGGGGUAACCGGGCCGCGGCGUCGGUGUUGCUGCUGCUCCUCUCCGUCCUGCGCUGGAGUUUGUUCCGGGCUCAGAGCUCCAGUGACAGCUCGUGGGACCUGGAUCUGUGCAGGUAUAAAUGGGAGGCUGUGGAGCAGGUGAGCAAAUUAAAAUACACCCUUAAGCUGUGUCCUUCGUCUCCAGACACGCCUUGCGGCGCGGGCGUUGCCAUUUGCGCCCAGAAUCUCACCAGUGGCCAGAGCCAGUCAGUGGGUGAUCUUCCCUCGCAGACGUCCUUUAGCUCCGUGCUCACCUUCAACACCACUCGGACAUGCGAAGGCACGAGCAACAAAGUGCAAAGCAGCAUCAGUUUCCAGUGCGGUAAAACAAUGGGGACGCCAGAGUUCAUGACCGUGUCGCAGUGCGUUCAUCACUUUGAAUGGAGAACUUAUGCAGCCUGCAAGAGAGACAAGUUUAAACCACUCAAGGAGGUUCCCUGCUUCGUCUUCGAUUCAGAUGGGAAAAAACACGACCUCACCCCCCUCAUCAAAGUCACAGGCGGCUACCUGGUCGACGACUCGGACGACAGCGUCGACUUUUAUAUCAACGUCUGCAGAAAUCUGGAUCAAGCAAACAGUCCCUGUCCUAAAGACACUGCUGCCUGUUGGACCAAACAAGGCAAAUCAGUCAGCCUGGGGAAGCCGGACAAGCCUUUAGGGCUCUCCACGAAUGACAGGCUGAGCCUGCUGUACGAGUCUGAAGAAGAGUCAUGUAAUGGACACAAGCCUGCAGUCACAAUCACCUUCAUCUGUCCUUCUACGAGACAGCAGGGAAGUGACCCGAAGCUAACUGCCGAGGCGAACUGUCGCUACGAGGUGGAGUGGGUGACCGAGUACGCCUGCCACAGAGACUACCUGGAGAGUCACGACUGCAAACUGACCAGCGAAACGCAUGACAUCUCUGUCGACCUCACACACCUGACACGCGGCUCCGGAGACCCUCCUUAUUCCGUUGAGGCCAAGAUUGGCAAGGACACCUACAUGUUCUAUCUUAAUGUGUGUGGAGAAACCAGAGCCGGCGGUUGCGCAGACGGUUUUGUGUCAUCCUGCCAGAUGAAGGUCGGAGAAAAUGUGAAAAAAAUCGCUGGGAGGUACAAGAAUCAAACCCUCAGGUACUCUGAUGGAGAUCUGACUCUCAUCUAUCCUGAUGGGAACGGAUGCAGCUCGGGCUUCCGGCGCAUGACUGUCAUAAACUUUGAGUGCAACACAACUGCAGACAACAGCUCCCCCACGUUCACCGGAGAGGCCGACUGCACUUAUUACUUCAACUGGCAGACAUCAUAUGCGUGUAUAAAUAAAACCAAGGACCUGCUGUGUAGAGUCACUGAUGGCAAAAUGCAUUAUGACCUGUCCCGUCUCACUCGCUACGCAGCGUCUGAUACACCACAAAACUGGGUGGCUGUGGAUGCUAACGUUUCAGAAAGGGAUAAAAAACUCUACUACGUCAAUGUGUGUAAUAAAAUCAUCAAGCAGAAGGGAACUGACUCAUGUCCUGAUGAUGCAGCCGUGUGUGCUGUGGGGAAAGAAACGUCGGUCAGCCUGGGUAAAUUCCUGUCCUCGCCACAGAAGGACAUUUCGGGAAAAGACUUGAGGCUCAUAUACACAGACGGAGAUGAGUGCAGGAAAAACACAAAGAUCAAAAGCAUCAUCACUCUGAAGUGUAAGCCCGGUGACAUGAACAGCGCCCCCGUCAUGAGGAGCGUGUCCAGCGACGGCUGCAUUUAUGAGUUCGAGUGGCUGACCGCCGCUGCCUGUGUGCUCACCCGCACCAAGGGGGACAACUGUAAGGUGGAAAACUCCUCUGCAGGAAUUUCUUUCGAUCUGACCCCGCUGACGAAGGCUGAUGGAGGUUAUUACAACGUAUCCAAUGACAAAUAUGACUAUUUUAUUAAUGUCUGCGGGAAUGUUAAAGCCUCAAACUGUCCCGAGAAAUCAGGAGCCUGUCAGGUUGACAAGAGUACUCCGUCUAAUUCGUGGAACCUGGGCGAGUUUAACUCCAGUCUGUCGUAUUACAAUGGCAUGAUUGAGCUGGACUACAGAAACGGCUCUCGGUACAACAACAAGCAGCACACACAGCGCUCCACACACAUCUCCUUCCUGUGUGACCGAGAGGCCGGCCUGGGCAAACCUGAGUUUCAGGCUGAGGAUGCCUAUACCUACAACUUCAGGUGGUACACCUCCUACGUCUGCCCAGAGAGGCCACAGGAGUGUGUGGUCACUAACCCUGUUACCUUGGAGCAAUUUGAUUUGUCUAGUUUGUCAAAGUUGGGAAAAGGCGAUAACUGGCAGACCAGCGACCCUAAAAACGGGAGGUUGUACUACAUAAACGUUUGCCGGCCUCUCACCAGUGUGGAAGGCUGCGACCGGCUCGCCUCAGUGUGUCAGACAAAACCUGAGGGUGCUCAGGGCUCGGAAAAAGUGACCAUCAGUAACAUGGGCGUGGCUACAAGAGGCCCGAUGAUCGUAGGUGACGAUCAGCUAAUGCUGGAGUACACAAACGGAUCAGCUUGCGAGCUGGAUGGCAAGAUGAGCACCUACACCACCCGCAUUCACUUCGUCUGCACGAGACACUCCAUGUUAACCGGUCCCCGGUUCAUAUCGGAUCAGGAAUGCACUGUGAACUUUGUGUGGGACACUGAGGCCGCCUGCGCCAUUUCAACUGCUGUAAACAAUCAGACUUGUUCUUUAAAGCAUCCAAACAUCAACUUUGAGUUCAACCUGCUCCCAUUGGCCUCCAAAAAUGGAUACAGGGCAGCAGCAAAUGGAAAGGAAUUCAUCGUGAACAUCUGCUCGGCUGCGCAACAGUGUGGAACGGACAAGCCGGACGUAGCGGGUUGUGUGGUGGAGGACGGCAAGCCUCAUAGUUUUGUCGGAGUAGAAAAAUCGCUGCAGUUUUCCACUGAUGGGCAGCUUAGUCUCGUCUAUAAAGGAGACAUGGAUAAAUCACAGGGCACCAGAGCCACGUUCACCAUAAAUUUUGUGUGUGAUCCCAGUGCCACUAACGGCUCCCUGAAGGUCAUUAAUGAGGAGCUGGGCACAUCCUUACAUGACCAGCAUAACGUUUUUUUCGAGUUCUCCACAGCUCUGGCUUGUGAGCCUGCACCGGUAGAUUGCCGGAUCACUGACUCUCAGGGAAAUGAGUACGACCUAACUGACCUCAGUCUGGAUGAUACACCCUACGUUCCCUUAGACACGUCAGACCAGGCCAAGUCUCAGAAGUUCUUCAUCAGCGUGUGUAAACCUCUGCCAUUUGUUCAGGGCUGCCCAGGUGGAGUGAUAGGAGCGUGCGGGCUGUUUAAUGGCCGAGGCGUGAACCUGGGCCACGUGCAGUCCAGCCUGCAGGCCAGCUUAGACGGCUCCAUCAGCAUCGUCUAUCAGAACGGGGAUAAGUGUGGCUCGCAAGGGCGUUACUCGACACGCGUGAUCUUCCAAUGUGACGAUAGCCCUGGCUCACCCAUGUUUGAUCGUAAGGACGGCUGUGAAUAUGUCUUCAUCUGGAGGACGUCUGAGGCUUGUCCAGUUAAGAGAGUGCAAGGUACAGACUGUAAGGUGAAGGACCCCCGGAGCGGGUAUGAAUUUGACCUGACUUCACUAUCUGGGACGGAUUAUGAAGUGAAGAGCUCGCAGUAUGACUAUCACCUUGCUGUGUGCGGCCCUCUUAAAUCGAUAGUUUGUGCACAUGGAACUGAUGUCUCCUCCUGCCAAGUCGAGGAUAACAAUCACAGGAUUUCUGGGCUGGCCAAUCGAAACUUAACAUUUGACGACGGCAUCAUAAUGAUCAACUACACACACGGGGAAACCUGCCACAAGAUUUAUAACCGAUCAACAGCUAUUUUGUUUUCCUGUGACCACGGAAAGAAUCCGGGGAAGCCAGCGUUUAUUAGAGAGACAGCAGACUGCACCUACUUGUUUGAAUGGCACACUGCUUUGGCCUGUCCUCCUUUUAAGACCACCAGCUGCUCCUACAAUGACGGCACUGGAUACUCGUAUGAUCUGUCCCCCUUGGCCCUGCACAGCAGUAACUGGGUGGUCCUUCCUCAGACCGGAAACAAAGAUCAGCGCUACUACAUCAACGUGUGCAAGUCUCUCGUACCACAAAGCGGUUCAUGGGGCUGCCCGAGCAGCGCUUCAGCGUGUCAGAAGACCGGCGACGAGUAUGUAAGUCUGGGAGAAGCUCAGUCUGAGCCACAGUGGGAGGACAACGCGCUGGUGCUGAAGUACACGGAUGGAACAAACUGCCCGGCGGGCGACCGCAAACGAUCCAGCAUUAUUCGCUUUAUAUGUGAUCACAGCAAAGUGGACUCAAAGCCCACUCUAAUCACUGCACUAGAAGACUGCGUGUACAGCUUUGUGUGGUUCACAGCAGCAGCGUGUCCACUUAACAGCACAGAACACGGCGACUGUAAGGUCACGAAUCCACGCACAGGGCAUCUGUUUGACCUGAGCUCGCUCACCCUGGAAGAUGGAUAUACAGUCUACCAUAGCAUAGACGUGAGGAGGAUGUACCGCCUAAAUGUCUGCGGCCCUGUUAAAAACACCGGCUGCGCUGCUGAAGCAGGAGUGUGUAUCAAAGACACUAAAACAGCUGUGAACGGGGGAUCGUCUAGCAGGAAGCUGGUCUAUAAGGACCAGGUGGUGGAGCUGACCUACGAGGGCGGAGACGUCUGCGCGGCCAAUCCGUCGCUCAAAUACAAGAGCGUCAUCAGCUUCAUCUGCAAGUCGGAGGGAGUUGACGCCAGCAAGCCCGUGCUGGUCGACUCGGACAAGGACACGUGCACUCACUUUUUUUCUUGGCACACACCACUGGUCUGCGAACAAAAGGUGAGGUGCUCGGUUUGGAACAAAACCAACCUGAUAGACCUGAGUCCUCUGAUUCACCUUAACGGGUACUACACCGCCACAGACGAGGACACGGGCGAGAAUGCAGACCAGAGCAAGGACACGUCUCGGGUUUUUUACAUCAACAUCUGCCAGCCUCUAAACCCCAUUCCAGGGGUCAUGUGUCCUCCUGGAGCGGCCGUGUGCAUGGACCCUCCUAACGGAGACCCUAUUGACAUCGGACAUGCAACCUCCCCUCCUAAGUAUAACUCCGCCACUGAUCAGGUGCAGAUUGAUUUCACCAGCACAACACAAUGUAAGGCUAAUACCUCCGUCAAAUACACGUCCAGAAUCCUCUUCACCUGUCAGAAAGACACAGACUUGGGCUUUCCGGAGAUGAUGCGUCAGCUGGACUGCAUGUACGUGUUCGAGUGGGCGACUCCCCUGGUGUGUCCGGAGACGGUCACCGCAGAGGGGUGCAAGCUAAAAGUCUCUCAGCUGCAGUACACCUUUGACCUUGCACCUCUCUCCAGAGACGUCCAGGUUACUGCUUCCUCCGGGACGUAUAAGCUGAAUGUUUGUGGGUCUGUAACAGACAAGACGUGUAAGAAGAGUCCGGUGUGUUUGGUGUCCGGCGCUUCGGCUUUCUCGUUCGGCCUUAACCAGGCCAUGACUCUGAACUACAGACGAGAGGAUCAGACGGUCAUCAUGCAGUACGGAGGCGGAGACCUCUGUCCUCCAGUGACUCCAAGUGGAAAGUUGUGCGUCUUUCCCUUCACCUUCUUAAAAAAGCCCUAUUAUCAGUGCACAGAGGACGGCAGGACUGAUGGCAGGAAGUGGUGCGCCACCACAGCCAACUAUGACCAGGACAUGCAAUGGGGCUUCUGUUCUAAUGGGACCUCCAAGAGGCAAUCGACCAUCUUGUUCACGUGUGACCGCACAGCGACCCACAGCCAACCCCAGCUACUUAGUGAGACUCAGGCUUGUUCCAGCACCUUCACGUGGAGCACUAACGUUGUCUGUCCUCCCAAAAAGAUGGAGUGCAAACUGGUGAGCCAGCACCAAACGUACGACCUGCGCACUCUCUCUUCUCUCACCGACCCGUGGAAGUUCGGCAACGACAAGAACGACGCUUACUACGUGAACCUGUGCCAAGAAAUCCACAGAGGCCUGAAUAAUUGUCCGGAAGGAUCCGCCGUGUGUCGCAGACGCUCCAGUGGAAAAACAGACACCCUGGGACUGGUAUUUACUCAGACCAUGGGCUUAAAGGAUGGAAAGAUACAGGUGAAUUACACCAUGGGGAAUAAUGUGUGUGGGAAUUCCAGACAAGCCAAAACCAUCGUCCAGCUGUCUUGCGGCAGCACCAUGGGUCGUCCGAAAUUCCUUAAGGAGGAUAUGGCAACCUGCGAGUUCUGGGUGGAGUGGGAGACUCGAGCAGCGUGUCCAGUGAAGCAGCAAGGGGAGCAGGUGGAGAUGGAGAAUGGCACCAUUAAAGUUCCAGAAACUGGUGUCUUGUUUAACCUGGGAGAUCUCUAUUACAGCCCGCACAAAGCCACAGGAGACAUCAGACCCAAUGGUGACAGCUACAUCUAUCACAUCCAGCUAUCAGGCAUCACAGACCGAUCCCUAUCCCAGUGCCUAGGCGCUAAAAUCUGCCAGGUGAAGAAAAACGCCACUUACUGCAGACAGAUCGGCUCCUCCAGCAAGGCCAAGUAUUACAUCAAAGGGGACAGUUUGGACGUGCUGGUGCCUUCGGAGUCCGUGUGCGGCCGUGACAAGACCAAGACCAUGUCAUCGGCCAUCUUGUUCCACUGCAAGCCUGAAGCAGGAGUGGGCAUCCCCGAGUUCCUGCUGGAGACAGACGGGUGUCAGUACCUGUUCGUCUGGCACACCGACAAAGUCUGCAAACUGUUCACCAUGAGUCCACAGGUUAAUGACAGCCAGGAUGCUGGAUUAUCAGGGCGGAGUCAGGCUCUGGGCGUGGUGCUAACUCUGCUUCUGGUGGUGCUUAGCAUCUGUCUGCUUGCUCUGCUGCUUCACAAGCAGGAGAGGAGGUGGUUUUUUCUACAGAAACUCACCAGUUGCUGCAAACGGAGAAAUCAAGUGUCCUAUAAAUACUCCAAGGUGAGCAUGGACGAGGAUGCCUGUGAAGACGAGAUGGAGUGGCUGAUGGAGGAGGUGGAGACUCCGGCACAGACGCCUCAUGAGAACGGUCACAUCACCACCAAACCGGUGAGCGCGGACGCUCUGCGCUCCUUCUCCCUAGACGAACAGGACAGCGAGGAAGAAGUUCUGACCAUCCCCGGAGUCCGGGUCCACUCUGGACACGGCCCCGGUUCCUCCUCGUCCUCUCGGUUCCUGAAAAAGAAUGAGAGCGAUGAGGAUCUGGUGGGGCUGCUGGACGAGACAGGAAAAAAGAACACGUCCAAACCGAGCUUCAGACAUAUGAGGAAAGCACAGGGAGACCCAGACGACAGCGACGAGGACCUCCUUAAAGUCUGAUUCCUGUCAUGAACUUCUGAACGUCCCUCUAAUCUCGCUCUGCUCAUUUAUUUGAUUUUGGGUUGUUUUGUUUUUUUUGUUGCUGUUUUUUAAAGGGAAGUCUAUUUAUAUCUGUUCUCUGCUGUUCUCUGUUAUCAAUGGACAGUCGAUGCCUUGAUGAUGAAAAAAAAAUCAUUAAUUGUUUGUCUCUUUUUUUUUUCUUUUCUUUCUUUCUUUCUCUGCGCUGGGUCGAUUUGAUUAUAAAUUGAUUUGUACAGAGGUGAAGUUCUGUAUGGAGAAACAAAAAAGAUGAUUUAUGAUCAGUUAUUUAAUUCCAUGAGUUGAUUUUAUGAUUUAAGUUCAAUACAUCUCACUUAUUUCCAUGGCAACCAGUAGCUAGUCAUGAAUACGGGAAAUCCUGCAUUAGAGGGUUGCAGUAUUUUUGCACACAGAGCCAUGAGAAAUCAUAUUAACAUCUUCUUGUUGUUUUUGUUUUGUUUUCACACAAGAUAAAAAAAAAAGUCUGCCUCAUAUUUAGCCUUUUAAAAUCAAAACCAUGUGGAGUAAAGGGACGUCUCCUGCAUCGCUUUAACUCCCCUUGUUGCCAUAAAAGCAUGCUGUAUAACUCUUACACAGAACCUAGGCAGUGUUUUAAUGCAAGGAGAUCUCUCUUCUCCGCCACAAACUUACAGAACCUUUUCGUCUCAGUCUUUGUUUCGGCUAUUUCUGUUUUUCAUGUGUUAUAUUGUGCAUUUUAAUAAUUGUUGCUUUAAUGUUUGCGGAGUUAUGUUGAAACAAAAAAAAAAAUCACGCUUAUGAUGCACACUGGUUAAAUUUCACUUGCACUGAGAGUGAUGAGGGUUAAAAAAGGUUAAAGUAUGAAAUUGUGUGAUUUUGGCCUUAGACACAAGACUGUGAUGCAUGUGGUGUUUUUUUUAUUAUUAUUAUUAGUUUUUCUGCAAUCGUAGUCUUGACAAAGUAGUACGAUUUGAUCAUAAAUCUACUUCCUGUCCUGGAGUGGCCCUUUCAUGAUGUGGGACGUUAAUACUUCACGCUAUGUCUGAAUGGUUUUGUGAUUUGCAGAAAGAUUAGUGAUGUGGUUGAAUAUUAGCUCACGGUCAUCACUUUUCUCCUUGCUGUACACAUAAACUGGGUACGCUAUGUGAUACUCGGUAUCACAGACAGAGCUUGUUACUGAUGGUCCUGUUCAUGCCAAUGUUUGUUUGUUUUUUCCUGAUUGUUUGCUCAUUUGCUCCUUUUUUAUUAUUUUUUUAUUUUAAAAUGUUCAUCCUGAGACAUUACAUUAUUUAAAUAAAAAAAGAACGGCUGGUAAAAUA